CUGAAACCGGCAUUUCUGCACCGCUGCCGACCUCAACUUCAAUCGGUGGCUGAAGACGGCAUUUUUUCUUUUAUUUUAAAUUUAGCGUUACACAAAUACAAACCAACAUGCCAGGCUAUUCCGAUAGAGAUCGUGGCCGAGACAGGGACAGAGAUAGAGGCUAUGGUGGCGGCCCUCAUCGUUUUGGUGGUGGCCGUGGUGGUGGUGGAGGAGGUGGUGGAGGAAAGUUCGGCAACCCCGGUGAACGUUUGCGGAAGAAACACUGGAAUCUGGACGAGCUUCCCAAGUUUGAGAAAAACUUUUACCAGGAGCACCCAGACGUCUCGAGGAGGCCUCUGCCAGACGUUGAACAAUAUAGAAGGGCCAAAACAAUCACCGUGAAGGGGAGAAACUGCCCUAAUCCAAUUGUAAAUUUCCACGAGGCAAGCUUUCCAUCCUACGUUAUGGAUGUGAUCAACAAGCAAAACUGGACAGAGCCCACGCCCAUUCAGGCUCAGGGUUGGCCUUUAGCACUGAGUGGCCAUGAUAUGGUUGGCAUUGCACAGACUGGCUCUGGCAAAACGCUCUCGUAUCUGUUACCUGCAAUUGUUCACAUCAACCACCAACCUUUCCUGGAGCGUGGUGAUGGCCCUAUUUGCUUGGUGCUGGCCCCAACUCGUGAGCUGGCACAGCAAGUGCAACAGGUGGCUGCAGAGUAUGGCAGAGCUUCUCGCCUCAAGACCACCUGCAUCUAUGGAGGUGCACCCAAGGGACCGCAGAUUCGUGACCUUGAAAGAGGUGUGGAGAUAUGCAUCGCGACUCCAGGCAGACUCAUUGACUUUCUUGAAGCGGGAAAGACCAACCUGCGCCGUUGCACUUACCUCGUAUUGGACGAGGCUGACAGAAUGCUGGACAUGGGAUUUGAACCACAGAUCAGGAAGAUUGUUGACCAGAUCAGACCUGAUCGCCAGACGCUGAUGUGGAGCGCCACCUGGCCAAAAGAGGUGCGUCAGCUGGCUGAAGACUUCCUUAAAGACUAUGUGCAGAUCAAUGUUGGGGCCCUGCAGCUCAGUGCCAACCACAACAUCCUUCAGAUAGUUGACGUGUGCAGUGAUGGAGAGAAAGAGAACAAACUCAUUCGCCUGCUAGAGGAAAUCAUGAGUGAGAAGGAGAACAAGACUAUCAUCUUUGUUGAGACAAAGAGGCGAUGUGAUGACCUCACAAGGAGAAUGAGGCGGGACGGGUGGCCAGCUAUGGGAAUCCAUGGCGAUAAGAGCCAGCAGGAGAGAGAUUGGGUUCUUAAUGAGUUUAAAUUUGGAAAAGCUCCUAUUCUGAUCGCUACAGAUGUUGCGUCUCGUGGUCUAGAUGUUGAGGACGUGAAAUUUGUCAUCAACUUUGACUACCCCAACAACUCUGAGGAUUAUAUCCACCGCAUUGGCAGAACGGCCCGUAGCCAAAAGACUGGCACGGCCUACACCUUCUUCACUCCCAACAACGUGCGGCAGGCCAGCGACCUCAUCUCUGUUCUACGUGAGGCCAACCAGGCCAUCAACCCCAAGCUCCUCCAAAUGGGUGAAAUCAGAGGAGGUCGUUCAAGGGGAGGCAGAGGUGGUGAUUUUGACCGCAGGGAUCGGUAUUCCUCUGGAAGGAGAGAUUUUGGCAGUUUUAGGGACAGGGAUAGCAGUAGAGGCUAUGACAACGGACCAAACAAAAGCUUUAGCACAAACGCUCAGAACGGAGGCUAUGGGGGCAACAACGGUGGUAGUAAUGGCUUUAGCGGAGGCUACAAUGGCAAUGGACAGUCGUUUAACAACCAGGCAGCAUCCUUCCCCCCUCAGAACAACUUUCAAGCCCAGCCGAACGGCGCAAGUCACCCCCCAUUCUCCUUCCCCCCAACGCAAGCCCCCCAGCAGCAUCCUCCCCCGCUCGCGCCCUACCCCAUGCCGCCACAGUUCCCUCAGUAAACACACAUUAAGUAAUUUAUUGCUUUUUGACUUUUUAAGUUACCAUCAUAAUCUAGGUUUUUUUUUUUUUUUUUGUAUUUACACAGCAGGGUUACAUCUUUAACCUAUUGAGCAUUUUAAGAUCUGCAGUGCAAAUGAGUGUUGCACAAAUUAUUUUUUUUCCUGUCCUCCACUCUUGCUAUUUAAUUUGUUACAUUCCUCAGUAAUGUUUUGUUUUGUACGAAGUAAUUUCAGGAGUACUGUCUUUUCAUGUGUAUCCUUGAAAGUGUUGUUACCUCCCGCCUUGGAAGUGCACUGCAUGAUCUUUACAAUAAAAACAAAAACACGA